AUGUCUCUCCAACGUCUUAAGUUUAUCCUGGCUUACAUUCGGAUUUUGAUACCUCAUGCAUGGGUCCUGCUCUCCGACAAAGCAAAGGGACUCCUUCACAAGCUGACAUACCGGACGACCAACUCUUGCAAGAAUGUGGUUGUUAUUGGAGGCUCAUUUAGCGGUGUUUACUUAACUCAGAAGCUGGUUCAAUCUCUCCCUACCGGCUACAGGGUAGUUUUGGUUGAUAAGAACUCGCACUUCAACUAUACUUUCAAUUUCCCUCGCUACUCAGUGUUGCAGGGCCAUGAGCACUUAGCUUUUAUCCCAUACGAUGGUAUUACCAAAGGUGCUCCGACCGGUAUAUAUCGUCACGUCCACGGGCUUGUUACCUCUGUGACUCGGGAUGCAGUGACUUUGGCGACACGCGAGGAAAUCCCAUAUACCUACCUAGCCUUUGCAACUGGUGCAACGCAGAAGCCUCCCGCAGGAUUGCUAGCAACUGAGGCCUCCACAGGCUGUGUCGAAUUACAAGAUAGACAGAACUUCAUCAAGAAAGCGAACAAGAUUGCCGUCAUCGGUGGCGGAGCAGUGGGGGUCGAACUGGCAACUGAUAUCAAGAGCUAUUAUCCAGACAAGAGUGUCACAUUAGUUCAUUCGCGCGAACGCCUUCUACCGAGAUUUGGCGGUCAAGUACAUGAGAAAGUGAUGGCAGCACUCCAGAAACUAGACGUCGAGGUGUGGUUGGGGGAACGACCUCAAUUGCCUUCAGGCGAUAAAGAAGGAUGGUCGGGACAAACAAAGGAUCAAUCCCUGCUUUUCUCAGAUGGCAAGGUUGUUGCAUACGAUUUAAUUGUCCCUUGCACAGGGCAUCGUCCGAACUCCGACCUUUUGGCCAACCUUGAACCAGACGCCAUCUCCAGCUCCACUGGCCGUAUCCUUACCCAGCCAACCCUUCAGAUCACCAGCAAAGAUAAGCAGAAUCCCAGAGUGUUUGCAUUUGGUGACGUGGCCGAGACGGAAGGCACCCUGAUGGCCCGAUCAGCAUAUUUCCAGGCUCGAGUAGUGGGAGAGAACAUUCUUAGCAUGAUUCGAGGGAAUGGCCCGACGGCAAAAUACGUGCCAAACCUCGCCAUUGAGGGGGCACUAAAAUUAACCCUAGGCAAGUCGGACUGGCUCAUGUAUAUGAAGCCCGCGAAUAAGGACGCAAUUAUCAACUCCGGCAAUAACGGUGACGAGGAUUUGGAUAUACACGUAGCGUGGAAACACUUUGGUGGAGAUAUCAAGAAAGCUCGCGACUUGGCUGAAAAGUUGAGCUUGGUACAGUAA